CAUGGUUUGAUUUUUGUUCUGGAGCUUUAGGCACUGGAUCACGAGGUCCAUCAUGCGGAAGUCCCGGGGAUCCUAUUAUCGUCAAAGCAAAACUAAGUAGCUAGAUAAAUAACUUACAGUUGUGACUGUAACUAGUGUUUUUUUUACAACGAAAGGCGAAUUGGUUCUUCACUAAAAGGCAGCUGGCUACAGUCGAUGCAAAAAUGUCGUCGGAGGAAUUCGAGAAGUUGCAAGAAAUCUAUAACUCACUGUACGAGGAGCUCAAGCUAAUGCCAGAGACCGCUCUGAAAAGCCACGGAGAGGAGAGGAAGAGGUUGGUGAGGACCUUCGAUGAGAGGCAGGGGGAGGCUGAGGAAGUGUUACAAGGAAUGGAAGAAGAGCUACGUGCUGCCCCUUCCUCUUACAGAAAUGCAAUGAGUACAAAGCUGCGCAUGUACCGCAGGGAUCUGGGCAAGCUGCAGAGGGACAUGAAAAACUCUGCUCCUGGCUUUAGUUCUUAUUCCCAGACAGUGGAAGGAAGUCAUCGUGCCAUCUAUUCAUCACAAAACCAACAGAGUACACUCCAGCAGUCCCAGAGAGCUUUGCUACUCCAGGGCACAGACGCUUUGAACAAUGCCUCCCAGAGUAUUGAACGAAGUCAGCGCAUUGCCGCCGAGACGGAUCAGAUCGGCACAGAUAUCAUCGAGGAGCUAGGAGAGCAGAGGGAACAGUUGGACCGCACCAGAAACCGAUUGGUGAAUACUGGAGAGAACCUCAGUCGAAGUAGGAAAGUUCUCCGUGCCAUGUCGCGGCGGCUCAUGACGAACAAGUUGCUGUUAGGUGUCAUCAUUUUAAUGGAGUUGGCCAUUCUAGGUGCCGUGGUUUAUCUAAAGUUCUUCCGAAAACAGUCUUAAGCUCUGGCUCCAGGGCGUACCCAGACUCUCUACGUCUGUCUCCACUGACUAUCCAGUAGCAAUAAUGCUCCUCUGCUGUAUGGAGCCAACUGUUUCUAUGAGUGCACAUAAGGACAAUGAGAUGAGUCAGUCUUAAAGUGAACCAUGUACUGAGAUGGGAUUCUGUCCAAGGGCUGAUGGAGUUCAUUUGGCAGGAAUGAUGUUGAACCUGUUAAUGGACCACACUUAACAGAAACUCCAUGCCCAAAACUGUGACUUGAGAUUUUAAUCAGACUGUUAAUGCCAGCGAGGCCCUGCCUGCAGGAUGAUUUUCUGGACCUGUGCUGGCUGCAACAGACCCCAGAGAUGACGUAGGAUUUAUUCAUACCCAAGUACGAUCAACUUACUCCCACGUGUAGAUUCUCCAGUGACUGUACUUGUGAAAUGUUACUGACAGAUUGGUGCAACAGUUCUGGGAGGUUGAUAAAUUCUCAGUAUUGGUUCUAAAUACAAUUGUAUUGUGCCAUUAUCUUUUUUUUUUUUUAAUACUAAACAAUAUUUGAUGAAAUGGCACCAGUAGAAUCUAUUUUUGAUUCAUACCCAGUAUCUAAAUGGAUGUAAUGACCUCAUGUUUCCAAUUCUGAGUACUGAGACCUACAGUUAGACCAGAUUUUUCAGUCAGAAAUAUAAAUGAAAAAUGGAUGCAAACUCUGAAUACAAGCAAUGUUCUUUUUAAUGUCGUCUAAUCACUGUAUAAUACAAUUCCCUGUUAGGCUUCAGUAUUCCCUAUUUGACAGUCUACACCGCAUUAAAGUUAAUCUUUAACCUCAGCUUGCAUUGUAUCUAAUAUUUCCAGGGAUAGCAGCCAGACAGGCCAAAGUUAGAAAAACAUCUGCUGAGGAGCGACGUCACCAAAACUUGUUAAAGACUAAAGGUCCAGGCCAGGUUAGUGCUUGGUAAACAGCAUCUGUUACUAUGGAAUUAAAUCUCAAAUAAUAGGUGAUAAGGUUAUUUUUAGUGCUGUUUUUUAGAAGUGGAACAUCUGCCACAAUGUUUUUCUUCCACAUAGGUACCAUGCCUUCCUGGUGUGACAUUAAGUACAAAAAUCUGUUUGGUGACCUGCUUGUGUGGAUCAGGGAGAGAGUGGAGCUUGUGGUAAAGGAAGUAUGUGAUUUUGUUGUUAUUGCUUUUAUCUGAAAUAUUGUGUUCACUUUUCCAUAAAAAAACGUAACAAAUAA